AUGCCUUCAAACUUGACGAAUCUGAACUGUUUGCGAGGAAUCCUCGUGGCUAUUUUCCCGUUUUACUGUCUUGGCUGGGUAGAUGAUACCCUUGUGCCUGCCUUGGUCGUCGAGAUCUGUUUUAUACCCGUGCUUUUGUCCUACGGUCAUGGUCCCAGAUUGACUCCCAAUGAGGAUGACAACGCACAGUAUCCCUCGCUCACAGGAGAAGCCUUGAACGAACUGUCACAUAUCGGAUUUUACUUUCCACAAUCGGCCCAAUUGUCCAAUGACCCAAUCUGGUCACUUGUCGCUGCUGUGCACACUGAUUGA